AUGUUAAUUCCGGUUCGCUGUUUCACCUGCAACAAGGAAAUAUCAUCUCUGUACGAGAAGUACAUCGAGCUGCUCAAAUCUGAAUACACGGAAUGUGAAGCGAUGAACAAGCUUAAUAUCAAAAGGAUGUGCUGCCGAAGGAUGGUGCUGUGCCACGUAGAUAUUGUGGAUAAGUUGCUUAAGUUUGAUACGAUACAAGACAUUAACACGGAACUGUGAUCACCGCUUGCUGUGUGCUGUUCAAAACUGGAUUUGCUUAUUACCUCCGCACCGCGUUGCACCCCCGUAAGUUUCGUACUGCUU